AUGGCAAAUGCUGUAAUAAAGAAACAAAAAAUAAAUUGUCUGAAUUAUAAAACAUGCAACAUUGAUGAGAAAAAAAAAGAUAAUAAAGAAAACAGAGUAAUAUAUAUUGAUAGUUACAAUAGUGGAAAAAUAUGGUUACACGAAAAAAUAAAUAAUUUAUGUCAAAUAAUAUUCAAAACAAAUAAUGAAAAUGAAUAUGGAAAAAAUAAAAGAAAAAAUAAUACCAUUUACAAUAUUCCAAAUGCUAAUAAAAAAAAGAUCAUUUUAAACACAAGUUAUAGAAACACAUUUGAUCAUAUGACAUUAUUAAAAUCAUUGUUAUGUAUUUAUGAAUUUUAUAAUAAAGAAAAUGUUCAAGAUGAAAUAUCUCCUCAAUCAUGUAAUGAAUUAACAAAAGAAUCACAUAAUAUUAUAAAGACAAUAUCACCAAACAAUGAACAUAUUUAUUCUGAAAUAAAUAACUGUCAAAACAAAAAUAAUAAUAUAAUAAACUAUAAAAUAAAUGAAAAUAAAAGAUUGUCAAAAGAUAAUAUAAAUAAUAUGUUUGUUAAUUUAAUUAAUGAAAAAUAUGGAUUAUUUUUUAUAUUUAAUACUAUAUUUUUUGCAAACUUAAAAAAUUAUUAUUAUUUUGUUGAUAUUAUCAAUGUAUUAAAUUAUAUUGGUCAUAGGGCUGUGUCACAAAUGGACACACCCAUCGAUACUGUCGAUAAAGAAGAAGAAGAAGUGGUAGAUGACUCACAAAAUAAUGAAAAUGACAAAGAAGAAGAAAUGAUAGAUGACAAAAUGAAUCUGAUAUAUGAACAAGUUGCUCUAUUUGUGGAAUAUUGUUAUGAUGUCUUAAUUUAUGAGACAGAAAAAAAUGAUAUAGAGUCAUUUUCAAAUAUGUUUGUAAAUCAAGCAAAAGAAAAAAGCACCCAAUUUGUAAGACAAAUAAAAAAAGAAUAUAAACCUAAUAAUAUAGAAGAAAUAAAAAAAAAAUUAAAAAUAUUGAAAAAUAAAAAAUCAGAUGAAGAAUUUUUAUUUUUAUCUAUGAAUGAAUGUAACAAAAAAAUUUAUAAUGAAUUAAGUAAAAUUCCUGAUUUAUUUUAUGGGAUAUCAAAAACAAAUGAACAUACAAACAGUGAAGUAGAAAAUAAUGAUAGUCAAUUUUUUAAAACAGAUACAGUUUUAUUAUAUAGUGAUGAAGAAAGUUGGGAUUCAAAUUCAGAGAAUUCUAUCGAUUUCCAAAAAAAAAAUGAACAUAUGAUAUUUGAAAAUUCAGAAAAAUUUAAAGGUAGCCAAUUAUCUACAUGCACACAAGAAAUGGACGAAGUUGAUCAAACACAAAAUAGUAACGUUACUCCAUCCUUUGAGCAAGGUGAUAAAAAUAGUAAACCAGAACGAAAAAAAAACUCCUUAGAAAAACUAAUUCUUAGUUUUUAUAAUCAUGCUAAAGUUAUUAUCAGCUCAAAUGACGGUCCUAAUAAGAAAGAAGCAACCGACGAACCAGAUAAAGCAAACAAUGAAAAUCCUUUUGAUCAGAUUUUUAAUAUGGAGAUUGGCAUGCACUCUUCGAAUGUGGAAGCAGUGGGAAAUAUGGAAGCUGAAAAAGAGGAAGAUAAAAAAGAGGAAGUUAAAAAAGAGGAAGAUAAAAAAGAGGAAGUUAAAAAAGAGGAAGGUGAAAAAGAGGAAGGUGAAAAAGCCGAGAAUGGUACCGAACAUGAUGCACAAGAAGAAAAUCACGACAUUAUGCAUGUUGAAGUAAUUAAUAAUCAGGAAAAUUCAAUAAAUAAUCCAACUGUUGUUCUACAAAAUGAGGAAGCUGAAAAGGAUGAAGUUAAAAAAGAGGAAGGUGAAAAAGAGGAAGUUAAAAAAGAGGAAGGUGAAAAAGAGGAAGUUAAAAAAAAGGAAGGCGAACCCAACGAAAUGAAUAACCAAACAGGUGAACAAUAUGAAACAAAGCUAAGUGAAGAAGAGGAAGAUGAGGAACUAAUAAAAUUUUUAAAAGAUAAAACAAAGCAUAUAGAUAAACAUGCAUAUAGAGAGACAUUAAAGAAGAGUCUUGAAUGUAAUACAAAUUGUAAUGUAGAAAAUCAUAAUAAUGAAAAAAUAGAAUUUAUUAAAAAUAUAAAAAAGAUAUCUGAUUUAAUAAAAAAUAAAAAAUUUGAUAAUAAAUAUAAAAAAGAAUGGGAAAAAAAAAUAAAAAAUUUUAAGUGUAAUAAAUUGCAAAGGGCAUAUAAAAUUUUCUUGUCUAUACUAUUUGCCAUAGUAAAAGAUAUUAACAGAUUAAAAAAAGAAAUAAAAGAAAUGGAUAAUUUUAUAUUUAUUAAUUCAGGAAUUGAAAAGUAUUUAAAAAAUGAAACUGAUAUUAUGUUAAAUUGUAAAAAUAAUCAAGAUGAAUUAAAAGCAAAAAAAGAAAAUAAUAUAAUAAAUCAUUUUUUUUUGAAAAAAAAUUUUUACACUGAUUCGGAAAGAAAUAUUUGUAAUUAUAAAGACAGACAAAAAAAAAAAAAAAAAUACAUAUCCUAUAUACCUUUAAAAAAUUAUAGAAUAUUAUCAUGUAGUUUAAAAGAAAUUUUUAAUGAAAAAUUGUUACAAGAUAAGUUAGAAAAUAUUUUAUAUUAUAUUGAAUAUGAUAAAGAUAUACCAGAUUAUUGUAAAUUUUUUUUUAAAGAUUUUAAAAUAAAAGACACAUAUUUAUAUAAUAUACAAACAUUAUAUAAUUCAAAUUUUGUGCCAAACAUUGAAUGUAUAAAUAUGCUUAUAAAUUGUUUAAAUUAUAAUUAUGAAGAAAUAUAUAAAAAAAAAUAUUUUUUUAAGUAUGAAUAUAAUUAUACUUAUUUAUCAGAAAUACCAUCAGUAUAUUGUUGUAAUGUCCAAAUUGUAAAAUAUUUAGAAUUUUUAAAAUUAAAAGAAACAUGUAAUAAUAUUAUAAAGAAUAAUAAAAUUUAUGAACAAUUUUUAAAUCAUUUAUCUAAUUAUAUAGUUGAAGAAUCUUAUUUUAUUAUUCCAUUUUUUACAUCCUAUGGAAAAUUUAUUAUAGUUAUAAAAAAAAAUAAAAGUGAUAAUAAUGAAAAUGCAUUUAUGGAUUUGUUAAAAUAUAAAAAUACUAUUUCAUAUGAUAUAUUUAUUAAUAGUUUUGCUUAUCCUAAUGAUACUAGUUUUCAAGCAAUUGUACAUUUUUCUUAUGUUUUUAUAAACAUAUUACGAACAUUUUUCAAAACAAGAAAUUCAGAUGAAAAUAUUCCUGAAAUAUUUUAUUCUCCAAUACCAAACGUAGAGAAGCAGAAACUCAUAUACCACGAAAUGGAAGCUGGAAACAAUAGAGGCAACAUUAUCAUGAACAUGCUAUUUUUAAUUGAAUCUUUCUUUAACAAUACGAAGAAAGUCAAGCCUCCUACGAUAUUUUACGAGGGAUUAAAAUUUUUAUACAUUAUUAGACUUAUCGAAUUUUAUUAUCAAAAAGUGCAGUAUAAUAUAUAG